AUGGCGGGCCGAUGGGACACGCACACGUGCGCGUGCUACGAGGACCCGUGCACCUGCUGCACUGUCUGCUGCCUCCCUUCGGUCGCUAUCGGCCAGCUUGCCCACAAUGUCCUCGGCUACCCCUGCGUGCUCGUGACGCUCUUGCUCUUCACGCUCUUUGCGAUGCACCAGUCUGUGCAGUCCUACAUGCGAGAUAUGCCCUUCGUUGAGGACCAGACAGACAAUCCCGUUCGGUGCUACGUGCCCCUCAAGCUGGCGCCUCCGCUCACUAACAUGACCGCCCUCCUCGGAGGCGAUGAGGAAGGGAACGCGUGCCUGCCCCACCCGCUGGUGACUGCGCUCAGUUCAGCCAGUUUCUGUGCCAUGUUUGUCUUUGUCCUCGUCAUCCGUCGCGCGAUCCGCAAGCAGGACCGCAUCCCGCAGGAGCACUGCGCCGACUGCUGUGGCAUCAAUGGCGCCGAGGACUGCUGCUGCGCCUUCUGGUGCGGACCUUGCUCAACGUGCCAGAUGAUGAGGCACCUGGGCAUGCAUGGCAAGCACUAUUCUGUGCUCUCUCCGACGGGGACGGCGUUCGAGGAGGAUGAAGGCGAAAAAAUGUCCAUGAUGAAGGUCUGA